AUGCAGCAACCCAAGGUUGAUCUGCCCAAAUCUACUAAAUCCUCUGUAUCCACUGUAUCUAUGCAGCAGCCCAAGGUUGAUCUGCCCAAAUCUACUAAAUCCUCUGUAUCCACUGUAUCUAUGCAGCAACCCAAGGUUGAUCUGCCCAAAUCUACUAAAUCCUCUGUAUCCACUGUAUCUAUGCAGCAGCCCAAGGUUGAUCUGCCCAAAUCUACUAAAUCCUCUGUAUCCACUGUAUCUAUGCAGCAACCCAAGGUUGAUCUGCCCAAAUCUACUAAAUCCUCUGUAUCCACUGUAUCUAUGCAGCAGCCCAAGGUUGAUCUGCCCAAAUCUACUAAAUCCUCUGUAUCCACUGUAUCUAUGCAGCAACCCAAGGUUGAUCUGCUUAAAUCUACUAAAUCCUCUGUAUCCACUGUAUCCAUGCAACAACUCAAGGUUGAUUUGCCCAAGCCUACUAGAUCCUCUGUAUCCACUGUAUCCAUGCAACAACCCAAGGUUGAUCUGCUUAAAUCUACUAAAUCCUCUGUAUCCACUGUAUUCAUGCAACAACUCAAGGUUGAUUUGACCAAGCCUACUAGAUCCUCUGUAUCCACUGUAUCCAUGCAACAACCCAAGGUUGAUCUGCCUAAAUCUACUAGAUCCUCUGUAUCCACUGUAUCCAUGCAACAACUCAAGGUUGAUUUGCCCAAGCCUACUAGAUCCUCUGUAUCCACUGUAUCCAUGCAACAACCCAAGGUUGAUCUGCCUAAAUCUACUAGAUCCUCUGUAUCCACUGUAUCCAUGCAACAACCCAAGGUUAAUUUACCCAAGCCUACUAGAUCCUCUGUAUCCACCGCAUCCAUGCAACAAUCCAAAGUUGACUUAUCCAAAUCUACUAAAUCCUCUGAAUCCGCUGCAUCCGUACAACUUAAAACUACUAGUUCUCUAGAUCCUUCAAAACCCAAAGUUUAUAAUAUUUCAAAUAUUCCAUCUAAAACCUUAUUACCUCAUGUUCUAAUAAAGUCCUCUGUCUCUGAUAUCCCAUUAUCUCUGCUAGUAGACUCAGGAUCAUCUGUAAGUCUAUUGAAACAUUCUUGCAUUAUGAAACAUCCCAAACUCACAAAAGACAUAAUUCAGUUAAAGGGUAUAGACCCAACUGAUAACCCUAUCUGCACUCAAGGUCACUUUUUGCUAAAACUGCAACUUCCUAAAUUCGACAUAUCCCAUAAAUUCCAUGUAACUGAUAUACCUGACUUACCCUACGAUGGAAUAAUGGGCUCAGAUUUCCUUAAUGCACACAAUUGUAACAUAAAUUAUAAUAACAAUAUCCUUUACAUUAGAAACACAUCCAUUAGACUACACUUUCAUGAGCCUGCCUAUAUAAUACCUCCUAGAACGGAAACUAUUAUCGAAUGCUCUGUAUCAAAUCCUGAGGUAAAAGAAGGAUUAGUCCUCGAUCAGAAACUUUCUGAAACUUUACUAGUAGCUAAUUGUAUAGUCCAUGUAAAAGAAAAUAAUAGAAUAAAUAUAUCCAUUGCUAAUACAUCCGAAGAACCCGUAACUGUCGAAUCCAACCUAAACUUACAACUCGAUCCCUUUAAUCCCAAAGUCCUGCCAGAACAUUCAAAUGAAUGCAUAAAUCAUAUAAAUCUUACUACUAAUAGUUUCAAAAGAACACAAGAAGUGUUAAAACAAGUCCGCACUUUUCAUCUUAAUAAAGAAGAAAAGGACAAUCUUCUACAAUUAUGUUCCGACUUUUCUGAUAUAUUUCAUCUCCCAGGAGAGAUCCUAACUCAUACCAACGCUCUCAAGCACGAAAUCAAAACAACUACCGACAAUCCCAUACACACAAAAUCCUACAGAUUCCCCGAAGUCCAUAAAGCCGUAACUUCUUUUCCAAUUCCAAAUAAUCCCAAGGACGUGAAAUCGUUUCUUGGCCUAGUUUCCUACUAUCGUCGUUUCAUCCCCGAUUUCUCUAAAAAGGCAAAAGCUCUUACUAAUCUUUUAAAGAAGGAUGUACCCUUUAAGUGGGAAAAUCAGCAACAACGUGCUUUUGACACACUCAAGGAAGAACUUACCUCUGCACCUCUCCUGAUAUACCCAGAUUUUACCAAACCUUUUAUUCUUGCCUUACUUACCUGUGACGCAUCUAAUCAUGCCGUCGGCGCUGUACUCUCUCAAGGACCUGUGGGAAAGGACCAACCUAUAGCUUUUGCCUCACGCACACUCAAUAAGAGUGAAUCCAACUACAGCACAACCGAAAAAGAGCUGUUAGCCAUAAUAUAUGGAUGUAAGACAUUCCGCCCUUAUAUAUAUGGGUAUAAAUUUAUCAUCGUCACAGACCACAGACCCUUGAAAUGGCUAUUUAAUCAUAAAGAUCCAAGUAGUAAACUCCAAAGAUGGAGAUUAAAAUUAGAGGAAUAUGACUACGACAUAAUAUAUCGCAAAGGUAAACUAAAUUCAGCUGCUGAUGCCCUCUCUCGAUAUCCUGUCAAUCCUAUCUAUCCAAAAAAUCAUACCAACCUGAACCCUAAUAAUGAUGAAAUUCCUGACGAUGACCUACAAAACCUUCUAAUAUCUCCUUCCAGCCUAGAAGCCGAUCUAGCUGAUCCUGAAAUAAAUAACGAAUUACUAGAUUAUUUGAAUGAUAUAUUAGACAAUGAAUCUCCUGGAAAACAACCAGAACCACAACUUUCAUCAAAUCAAGAAAACCCCGAAAUCUUACCUUCUUCUGUCCAGUCUGCACCUGAAAGUCCUCCUCUAGUACCUGAAAACUUACUUUCUGAUCGAACUGCACCUGAAACUCCACCUUUAAUACCCGAAGAUUCACCUUCUUCUAACCAGACUACACCUGAAACUUCAUCUAUACAGUUCGGAUCAGAUGAAACCUAUAAUACUUUCCUAAAAGCAUCCAAAAAUGUACACGACACUCUUAUUAUAGAACAUAAUGAAAAUCUACUUAAAACCACACAAAACCUUAUUAUUAUACCUACCUCCAUAGACUUGGAUGAGUCUAUGCCUUACAUUCAGGAAAUCAUUAAUAGUUGUUCAGAACCCGAUCGGAGUAAUUUCUUAAAACAUGAAAGGUCAUUAUUUACCUCUCUACCUCUCACUAUUAGAAAUAAGACUUACCUUUUCUCAUUCACAAAAGUUCACCAUUUUGACGACUUGUCCUACCCGGAUAUAUUUAAAUCCAUAAAAUAUGUGCGGGACGAGAUUAUAAUGACAUACCCUACUAUAAACGAAGUUAGCAUAGCAGAUUUUAGGAAUCCCUUCGAUAGACACUCCUUCGUAAAAAUCUAUAAUAUUCUCAGCUAUCUUUUUGACGGAACCAAUAUUAAAAUCCAUAUAUAUCAUAAUGAUAUCAUAUACCCUUCUUUAAAUGAAAUUCCUAAAAUUCUAAAAGAGAACCAUGACAUCCCUAUCGCCGGACACUUAGGAUCUUCUAGAAUGCUAAACCGUAUAAAUGAUAGAUAUUAUUGGAAAAACAUGCGAAGUGACAUAGAAAACUACGUAAAAAACUGUACAUCCUGUCAAAUAAACAAAGCCUUACGCAAAACAAACAGAGCUCCCAUGAUAAUAACUUCCACUUCUACGUCACCAUUCGAAAGAUUGUCCAUUGAUAAAUUCAAAUUCAAAUUCAAAUUUCAAAUUCAAAAACUUUAUUGUAAAACAUAG